AUGGGCUGCAAGUCCACAAAGACCAAGGAUAAGAGGACGCACGAGGGGCCGCCAGGUGCCUCCGCAGAGGACGCAGGGCACGAGGCGGUGCAGUACGCCAGCACUUCCGAGCUGGAUGAAGCGAUCGUGGCCGAAUCGGCGCAGCCCUCCGCGACAGCGAGCACCCCCCAAAGAAGGGAUGAGGGGAGUCCCAGAUCGCUGGAGCGACUGCCGGAGGAGGCCGUAGCGGAGCAGCAAGCAGACGAUGCGGCGGCUGCCGUUGGUGCGCCUGAUGACUCGACGCAGACGACGGCAGAGAUGUCGGUGAAGCCGAAGCAAGGUGAUAAUGCUCCAGCAGAGGCCGACGACGCAUCCAAGAGUGUCGGUGUGGUGCCGCGCUCGUCCACAAGCCGCACCUGGACGCCAUCAGAGCAGCAGAAGCCCGAGCGGGAGGUGGAAAGGGUUGGCAGCCAGUUCGACUUCGAGGUGGAGAGCAACGACAGUGAGGAGAAGGCGGCGGCAGAUGAUUGGGAGGUGGAGCUCUCGCAGCCGCGCUCCUUACCGCCAUCGACGCAGCAGCAACCGGAGCCCGCACCCGUUCCACCAGAUGCAGUUACAGCGACGUUGAACGACGCGGAGGCAACAACGCCGGUCGCCAUGGAAAGUGUCCCGCAGCCGAUACCGAAGCGCGAGUCACCACGCUCGCUGCCGGACGUUGCCAAUGGUCAGAGCACGAGCGCUGCAACGUCGUCGAACGCACCCACUCCCGCGCCGCGCCGCCUUUCGCGGAAGCCGAGCAUCGCGAGCUCUUCGCCCGUUUCCGUGCGGCCGUCACAACGACCGUCGCAGCGCAAGCUGCUGCGGCCAUCGACGCACAACGGCGGUAGCAUGCGGGCUGCCCAGUACGUCGCCUCUCCCGUAGCUGCUGCUCCACCCCCGCCUCUCGCCCUCCCUAGAGACAAAUAUUGCGCUGCGGCAGCGGUGCCGCCGUCACCGACACCGUCGAUGGCCUCGACUUCGGUGACACGCAUCAGUAACAAAGCCUUGAUACCGGUCGGCAAGCCGUCUGAACGCAUGGAGGCACUUCACCACGGCGCUGACACCGGCCGCGAGACGGUGGCGUCGCAACAGCACCUGAACCGGUUUCUCUACCGCGAGAGCUCGGUUGGCCUGGGCACGCCAUAUUCGCAGCUGCCGCUGCAGCCUGUGUCUGGACAGUGGCGGCGCGGCUUUCGUUCGCCCAUCCCGUAUCGUCGAGGCUACACGGACCCGAACCCCGGCGCUGCCCCUCAAAGGCACCGCGUAUCAGCGACGACGUACAUGCCCCCGCCCACGGCGUACAUAAUGGGGGCUGCCGGGGGUGCGCCGCCGCGGCUUUUGCUCGACGCUGCAAUGCUUGCCACCAUCAAGGCGUCCACGACUCGACUGCUCGAAGCGCACACGCUGCGCCUAGCCGGCGCCCACAACGGCGCGGCGGCGAUGAUAACGGGCAGCGGCCGCGUGAACGGGGCGUCCGUUUCUGUGCCGCGAUGCGUUGCGGCGCCACCGAUGUCGGUGCCACUCCCAUCACGACUGCCGAUGUCGCACCUAAGCGAUCCCGUGUCUACCCUCGCUGCGUCGGCAGCAGGGGCGGCUGCUGGUGCUUCCGCGCCACCGUCGACAAACGCUGGCUCUUCGUACUUGCGCGGCAGCCAGAAACCAAAGUUGGCCAUGCCAGCACCUCGAGCGCAGCACCAGCACUUUUUCGCCGCUCUCCACGCUGCAGAGCCGUCCCCGGUGCAGCACACGUCUAAUCGCGCAGGCAUGCCAGCACGAGCUGCGGUAAACCGGACGGCGAGGUACGACGACGAUGGCGUCGACGCUCUGAGUGCGGAUGUCUCGUACGGCGCGGUGCAGGAGCCGGGCGUGUACGGGCAGCAGUACUGCAACACGCUCGAGCCCUGUGAGGACAGCGUCACCACCUACGAACCGUCGGCCACGGAUGAGGUGCCGACAAACGCGGCCGCGCUGCUGCCUGUAGGCUGCGAUGAAGGCAGCUCAUCCAUUUUCCAGUAUCCUUGA